AUAUUGCUGCGGUUUACUGACAUUUUGGUUCAAUCAAUUACUGUUGUGUACAACUCGGUGCGGUUAUAUAGUCGAAUAGUGGCUAACUUUAAACUCCAUGUUAAAUGUGAACACCUCCAUGUGAAACCGGAAUAUGAAAAUCGCUCAUGCAGUUAGAAUAAAGCAGCGCAUUUUUCGAUUUCAAUCCUCGUAAUGAUAUGUUGAUAAACAAAUAACGCCAUAUUGAUUUUGAUUUUGGGUAGCCUAUAUUCAAUUGAUGUCUAACCCCUGGAAAAAAUACGAACCAAGAUAGCAUUUCUAUCGAUCGGCUGAACGACAAACAUCAGUAUCGAAAAACAGCACAGCCAAAAUGUCUCCGUUUCAACCAUUCUGCUGGCUAUUAGCUGGUGUGUUUCUGUUUGCCCUUGGCCCCAUCCCAUCAAGAGCAGAGCCCGGAGAAACUCUGGUUUUGCUGGAUAAUUUAGCCAUUCGUGAGACGCACUCAAUUUUCUUCAAAAACUUGCAAGAGCAAGGAUACAAACUAACGUUCAAAUUGGCUGAUGAUGCCAAUUUGGUGCUGUCCAAGUACGGUGAGUUCCUGUACAAACAUCUGAUCCUAUUCGCUCCAUCGGUGGAAGAAUUUGGUGGAAAUUUAAGCGUCGAGACUAUCACCGAUUUUGUCGACAACGGAGGAAAUGUGCUGGUUGCUGGAAGCUCAAGUGCUGGCGAUGCACUCAGGGAACUUGCCUCGGAGUGUGGAUUUGAGGUGGAUGAGGAGAAUGCAGCCGUUAUUGACCACCUCAACUAUGAUGUGUCGGACAGCGGAGAUCAUACGUUGAUUGUUGCCUCGCCGGAUAAUUUGAUCGAUUCCGAAAUUGUUGUGGGCAAGAAAAACGUUGGUCCGCUAUUGUACAAGGGCACUGGUCUGCUAGCGGACAAGGAGAAUCCUCUUGUUCUGCAACUAUUGACAGCCGAUAGCAGCGCUUACAGCUACAUCCCUGAUGCUCCGAUUAAGGAGUAUCCACAUGCGGUAGGCAAAGGAACCUUGCUCAUUGCUGCCCUUCAAGCUCGUAACAACGCUCGUGUUGUUUUCUCGGGAUCCUUGUAUUUCUUCUCCGAUGAGGCUUUUCUCUCGUCGGUGCAACGGGUUCAAGACGGUAAACUGCACACCAAAUCUGGCAAUCAGGAUGUAGCUGUUGCCAUUAGCAAGUGGGCUUUCGGUGAGCAUGGCGUUAUUCGUGUACGCUCCGUCAAGCAUCACAAGGAUGGUGAGUCCAAUCCACCCUCUUCGUACACAAUUACCGAUCCGGUCGUGUAUACCAUCGAAAUCGAAACGCUGGCAGAGGAUGGCAAGUGGCAACCGUUCCAAGCCAGUGACAUCCAGCUGGAAUUCGUCCGCAUCGAUCCGUUUGUCCGAACAACGCUGAAAUCGAUUGGUGGUGGACGCUACCAGGCUAGGUUCAAGAUUCCAGACGUUUAUGGCGUGUACCAGUUCAAGGUCAAUUACGAUCGCAUAGGAUAUACUCAGUUGUACUCCACUACUCAGGUGUCGGUGCGCCCACUGACACACACACAGUACGAGCGUUUCAUCCCGAGCGCCUAUCCGUAUUACGUGAGCGCUUUUUCGAUGAUGGUGGGAGUGUUCCUGUUUUCCUUCAUCUUCCUGCACUUCAAGGAGGAUGGACCGAUCCCAAAGGGAGCUAAAGCGAGCGGCAGUGCUGAGAAGAAAACACAGUAGAGAACGUAAUGCGACAUUUGCAUUUUUAUAGAGACUGUCAUGAUGUCAGUUUAGCUGAAAAUCUACUCUUAAAUAAGAAUUAGAUUGAGUAAAAUAAAAUAUUUAGAGAGA